GCAUGGUGUCGGAGAAGGAAAUUGAGCAGAUUGGCCAGACCCUAGUGGACUCCGGCCAGCCCCUGAAGGGCCGCUUCCGGGCACUCUUCACCCUGCGCAAUCUGGGGGGGCCGGCCGCCAUUGAGUGGAUCAGCCGGGCCUUUGGGGACGACUCUGCCCUCCUCAAGCAUGAGCUGGCCUACUGCCUGGGGCAGAUGCAGGAUGAGCGAGCCAUCCCUGUCCUCCUGCGGGUGCUGCAGGACACGUCUCAGGAGGCCAUGGUCCGACACGAAGCAGGUGAAGCUUUGGGAGCUAUUGGGAAUCCCAAAGUGUUGGACGUCUUGAGACUCUACUCCGAGGACCCCGUUAUUGAGGUAGCGGAAACAUGCCAGCUGGCCGUGAAGAGGCUGGAGUGGCUUCAGAUGCGCAAAGCGGAACCCUCGACCGGCCCCUACAGUUCCGUGGACCCGGCGCCCCCUGCCCCGGAGGAGGACGUGGGGAAGCUGAGGGAGGCGCUGCUGGACGAAUCGCGGCCCCUCUUUGAGCGCUAUCGGGCCAUGUUCGCCCUGCGGAACCUCGGAGGAGAGCCCGCUGUCCUGGCCCUCGCUGAUGGCCUGAAGUCCAGUGGCGCCCUCUUUCGCCACGAGAUCGCGUACGUCCUGGGCCAGAUGCAGCACGAGGCCUCUGUCCCGCAGCUGACGGCCUGCCUGAAGGAUGCGGCUGAGAGCCCCAUGGUGCGCCAUGAGUGCGCCGAGGCCCUGGGCUCCAUCGCCAAGGCCUCCUGCCUGGCCACCCUGCAGACCUACGCCCAGGACGAGGAGCGGGUAGUCCGGGAGAGCUGCGAGGUGGCCCUGGACAUGUACGAUUACGAGAAUGGGGUGGAUUUCCAGUACGCUAACGGGCUGAGCAAGCUGCAGGCCUCGGACUGA